CGUCUUAGUUGUGUGUUGGCAAAGGUGAGGCGCCGGGUUCGUAAGGCCUCUCUGUUGCUGACGAAAGCUUUUCUUCUAAUUUGCGGUAUCAAAACUUUUUUCUAUUGCGCCAGUCAACCAAGAAGAUCUUUAACAGUAGCUGCAUUCCUUUCGAGCAAGCGCAUUGAGUGCAGACAGUUUCUGCCAAAACGCUUGCAGAGGCGAAGAAGCGGAUAUUUUGCGGGAACGUGCGCAGGGUGACCCCCACUCUGUCGACAACGUUCGAUAGGAUUAUACAUGUCUGCACAAUCGGGCAUGUAUAGCCAAAGAAUGAUGGACGGACGACGCUGGCACCUAGUGCUGGCACUGAUUUUUGGCGUGUUUCUUACUACCGCACAUGGACAAGGUACCUCAAUAGAAAAUGAAAAGCACUGCACCAGAAAUGGCGUCACUUUCGCGAGUGGGGACGUUUUUAAACCAUUUCCUUGCGAGGUGUGCGUAUGUGUUAACGGCGAGCUAAUCUGUGAUGAGGUUCAAUGCGACAAGCUGGAUUGCCCCAACCCUGUUGUACCAGAAGGAAAAUGUUGUCCCGUUUGCGCCGGAGGACAAAAAGGACAAAAAGGAGAACCUGGCUCUCCGGGAGAUACGACGGGACUUGGAAUACCGGGAAACCCUGGACCAAAAGGCGAGGCAGGUGACCAGGGACCAGCAGGUGAAGAUGGAUUACAAGGACAACAGGGUGAUAUUGGACCAAGAGGAGCAAAUGGUUCCCCCGGAAGACCAGGCCCACCAGGACCUCCCGGUCCUCCUGGACCUGCUGGAGACGGCGGUGGAUACCCCUCAGAUGACAAGGGACCAAUUAACAGAGGAUCGAGAGGUGUACCGGGCUCAAUGGGACCUCGAGGACCACAAGGGCGAACUGGACCAUCUGGACCUCAAGGAUUCAUGGGACCCCCAGGGGAACCUGGACCAGUAGGAUCAAUGGGACCCCCCGGAUCUCCAGGAGUCAUAGGAUUGCCUGGAAAAGACGGAAAAGAUGGCGAAGACGGCAAACCUGGAAAGUCUGGCGCGAUGGGACCGUCUGGUCAAAUGGGUCCAAGAGGUGUACCCGGAAAUCCCGGAAUGCCAGGAGCUAAAGGUCACCCGGGUUACAACGGUCUAGAUGGAGCAAAAGGAGAAAAUGGCCAGGAAGGCGAAAAGGGAGACAGUGGUGAAACCGGAGAACAAGGAAGAGAUGGUGCACUUGGACCUCGUGGCAUACCAGGAGAGAGGGGACGACCCGGAGCAUCAGGACCACCAGGAUCAGCUGGAUCUGAUGGCGCUGCAGGACAAUCUGGACCGCCGGGGGCAAUGGGACCGUCAGGUUCAAGAGGUUUCCCAGGAACCCCCGGAAGUAAAGGUGAAAGAGGACCCACAGGCGCAGGUGGCCCUGAAGGUCCCCAAGGACAGCGUGGAGAAAGUGGAACUCCUGGACCACCAGGUCCUUCUGGAGCAACUGGCAAUCCAGGAACCCCAGGAGGUGCAGGUGCUAAAGGAUCUUCGGGUUCACCAGGUAUCAGCGGACCACCAGGUAUUCCAGGAUCACAAGGACCACCUGGGCCUCAAGGAAGCGUCGGGCCGGGUGGACAAAAAGGAAACCAGGGCACACCGGGCACGACAGGGUACAAAGGAGACCAGGGACCAAAAGGAUCACAAGGAUCAAUGGGAUCUCAAGGCAUACAAGGACCACAGGGAGAAGAAGGAAAGAGGGGUCAGCGUGGAGAGUCAGGACCUGAAGGAGCUCCCGGACCAGUUGGCGCGCGGGGUUCACCAGGUAAUCGUGGUUUCCCAGGAAGCGAUGGAGCCGUUGGGCAAAAGGGUCUAAGAGGAGAGCGUGGAAAACCUGGAAAUAUUGGUUCAAAGGGUUCAACUGGUGAUCUUGGACGUACAGGAGAACCCGGAAUGCCAGGGUCGAGGGGACUUUCUGGUAGACCUGGACCCGAAGGAAGAGAAGGAAAAGCCGGACCUGUCGGAAAACCUGGUGCUGAUGGUCGUGCGGGAGCAGCCGGCCCUCCUGGUACUCGUGGUCCACCGGGACAGAUGGGUUUUACUGGUCAAAAAGGAACUUCGGGAGAAUCAGGUAAAUCUGGAGAAAAGGGUGCAGGUGGACCCCCAGGUCCAAGAGGAGCUGCAGGUAAACCUGGCGAAAUUGGACCACAAGGAAUAGCAGGACCUCCGGGAAUGGUUGGAGAAAGAGGUGAACAAGGACAACCCGGUUCUCCCGGAUUUCAAGGUCUUCCUGGACCGAUGGGUAUUUCAGGACCACCAGGAAAACCCGGUGAAUCGGGAGUCCCUGGCGAAAUGGGAUCAUCCGGACCAGCAGGUGAUCGAGGACCUCAAGGAUUUCCAGGGGCUAGAGGAAAAGCAGGAUCAGUUGGGCAACCAGGACCAAGAGGUAUUGCCGGUGUUCCAGGAGAUGAUGGUCUCAAGGGUGCUACAGGAGGUGAAGGUAGCAAAGGAGAACAAGGUCCAGCCGGACAAUCAGGUGUUCCCGGACCUCGAGGACCUGUUGGUAUGGAAGGAGCUAAGGGUGAAAUUGGAGAUUCAGGUCCUCAAGGCAAGGAAGGAGAACCAGGAAGUCAGGGAGUACGUGGACCUCCAGGUCUGAUAGGAGCAAAUGGUGCUCCAGGACCAAGCGGACUCAAAGGGGAUAACGGAGAACCUGGAGAAGCAGGGCCAGUUGGAGCUCGCGGAGAACCCGGAUUAAGAGGGGAUUCCGGACCGGUUGGAUCUCCUGGAUUCCCAGGGUCACCAGGACCAGGUGGACAAUCAGGUAAAAAGGGUGACUCUGGAGCACGAGGACAGAAGGGAGAUUCAGGAUCACCUGGCUCUCAAGGGCCAUCUGGCGGACCAGGACCUCAAGGCGAGCCCGGAGUACAGGGUGUUAAAGGAGGCCGAGGAUCACAGGGGGCACCUGGAGCUACUGGAUUUCCCGGACCGACUGGAAGACCAGGAGCACCAGGAUCACAGGGACCAGCUGGACAACAAGGAUCGGGUGGUGAACCAGGAAAACCUGGACCAAGAGGCGCAAGGGGUGAUAACGGAAAAGCUGGAGCCCGAGGACAGGAUGGUCCCCCAGGACCCGCCGGAAAUGAAGGACCUUCGGGAAAACCAGGACCACCAGGAGCACCGGGAGAAAAUGGUCCAAGUGGAGAAUUUGGAAAGCCCGGGUCACAGGGUACACCAGGUCUUCCGGGUCCUCCGGGAUCUCGGGGUCCAAAUGGUCAACGUGGCCCUAACGGAGAAUCAGGAAAACAGGGACUUCCAGGACCGGCUGGAGACAGAGGAUUGCCUGGAGAUGUUGGGGCGAGAGGUUUGGGCGGACCUCCAGGUGAGCGUGGACCAGAGGGUCCACCCGGAUCGCCUGGCCAAAGUGGACGCGAUGGUUCAAAUGGUAUAAAGGGAGAUCGGGGAGCAAUAGGUAUUGCUGGACCUCCUGGUGGACCCGGAGUGCCUGGGCCAAUGGGAGAAGCUGGUCCCGAAGGAAAGUCAGGAUCGAGAGGAGAUCCGGGCCCGCCUGGAACUCAAGGAUCCCCUGGACCUCAAGGUGGACGUGGUAAUCCCGGAUCACAAGGAGCCCGUGGAUUCAAAGGAAAUCAUGGAGAUCUCGGACCAAGGGGUCUCAAAGGUCAUCGUGGUUACACUGGUAUUCAAGGUUUGCCUGGUCCCCAAGGUAAGACCGGAGAAAAUGGUUUAUCAGGACAGUCAGGACCUCAGGGACCAAGGGGAUCUACUGGACCUCAAGGACCUGCAGGAACAGAUGGAAAAUCAGGUAUGCCCGGACCCAGCGGACCUCAAGGACCCCGGGGUAAUACUGGAAGCGAUGGAAUGCCUGGUGAGCCCGGUAAUCGCGGACCUCCAGGACCUCCUGGACCACCCGGACCAACAGUUACUAUUCCAUUCCCCUAUGAUGGUAACAAAGGACCAGUCAAUCCGUUGUAUGCUCAAGAUCAAGCAUUUGCAGAUAUGGCUACUGUCAGCAGAGACAAUGAGGUUAUGGUGGCGUUGAAAGAACUUCAUAGUGUUGUGGACUCUAUCAAGGCUCCACUCGGACUGGAUAAGAAAUCUCCCAGUCGAAGCUGUCUCGAUCUUUAUUUGACAGCACAAGAAGCCGGAAUUCCAGUCAAGAGCGGAUACAAAUGGAUUGAUCCAAACGGAGGAUGCCCCGCUGAUGCCAUCGAAGUACACUGCGAUUUCGACACCAAAGAAACUUGCGUAUUUGCCAACCAACCUCGCAUUGUAAACGGAACCAAUGGAAUGGAAGGGCUGAGAAACAACGGACAAAUGGCCAACAAGAACGUGUUUUAUAGUGACAUGCAUGGCCGACGAAUGAAUUAUGAUCCUAAAGUUGAAAACACAGUGAAAAGUGCCGAUUACAACAGUCAGCUCACUUUCUUGAGGCUUCUCAGUUCAACAGCUAGACAGAGGGUGACCUUCUGGUGUAAAAACAUGGUGGCUGUCAACGAUUUUGAUAGCAACUCAAAAGACCAUGCGUUGAAGUUGAAGGGAGUCGGUGAUACCAUUGUCAGUGAUUAUACUACAAUAAUGGACGAAUGUUCGACUAAACCCAGUAGUAUCGGAAAGACUGUCAUCGAGUACAUGACUCCAAGAGUCGCUCACAUGCCACUUGUUGACAUAGCUCCAUUCGUCACUGGUCGAGUCGAUGAAGAAUUUGGAGUUGAGUUUGGACCAGCUUGCUUUAAGUAAGCACGCAACGAGUCGAUUCAAGUUUAAGACAAUCAUAUUACUAUAAUCACAUUAUACAUCCUGACGGACGACGGAACGGACAAAACGACUACGAACUUGUUUAAAGCAAAAUGAUUUUUGAAAGAUGACGACUUUAUAGCGAUGAGUAUUUUAUAAGCUUAUUGUAAUUUUUAUACGACGAUGACGACCCUUUUUGUAAUGUUUUCUUUUUUCAUUUACUCUUGUUUUUAUUCGUUGGCCUUAUUCAAUAUAACGGCCAUGGCCAUGCUACUAUUACUUUGCCAACCGUUGCCAUUUUAUCAGCAUAUAACCGACGUAUUACUCUUUCACCUAUGGCUUUUUGUUUUGCUUGCCCUCGUUAUACUUUGUGACUAUUGCCUUUUAUUGUACCUUACAUCGAUUUUGUCGCUUUUAUACUUUUGUCAUUUACUCUUUUUUAUUAUUUUUCAUCGUAUUAUUAUCUAUAUAUUCAUACAUAUUGCAUGCUACAAAACUUGCUCCAAUGGUGCCAUGAUAGCGAUUUGAUGAACGUUAAUUUUUAAAAUCAGCAUACUUAGUUCGUGGAAACAAAUUAAGUGCAACAUCGGCGGAAUAAUUUCAUACGAGUCAGUCGCAGGGCUACCAAUGUAAUAUUUUAUUAUUGUUUGUUCUAUUUUGUUACUUGUGUUGUCAUGUAUUAUGUCUUACUCAAUGUCACAGUUGAAUUAUUGUUGCUUGUUUGCGUUUAUGUGUACAGACCACUAACCCUAACAUUUGUCCCAAAUGUGAAUUGUUCGGGACCAUCUACCGCCGUCAGUAUUAGCUUGAGCAGAGUACUUGCAUUCCAAGUACUCGUGUUUGCGCCCUUCCAUAUUUAGUAUCUGGUAUUUAUACAACUAGACCUGCAACUGAUCUCGUGCCAAAUUAUUAGCGAGCAAAAUGACAGCUUUGUUAACCAGCACUAACAUUGAUGCCAUUUUCUCGCCUCGACUACCUUUAAUAUAUUCCGUCGUUCUUCUGCUACUUUUUGUUUUCCAUGAGCAUAAUCUUAAUAUUUUGUUAAGCGAUCAUGUACCACUUUCUGCCAACGCAUCGCAAAGUGGUCGGAAAUUGACUUGUGCGAUUUUUAUUAUUUUUAUGUUUCUGCAUCAUGUAUUUUAUAUUCUUUUUUAUUCUUCUGCUGCAAAAUAAAAUGUAUCGCCUCGUGCGUUACGAAAAA